UAAUGGUGUGUUGCUGGUUCGCUUGUCUCUCCAGCGAAAGCCGAAACGACGAGAGAGAAAGCUAGAGCGAAAGAGAGGAUUUUGUACGAACUCUGAAGGGGCUUGAUGGCUGAAGCUCGGAUCAGUUCCGGCGCAUCAACCACAAAGCCGGACGGCCCGUCGGAUUAUCAGCCUCCGGCAUUGGUUGAAACCCUUUUCCAUAGGAGAAUCGAUUUUCUCCCGGCGAGGAAGCCGUUCACCGGGUUCAGUAAUGGCGGUGGAGGUUUCCGAUUGGAGACUCUGAACCCGCAGGGCGGGGAUUCGCAGAGAGGGUCGAACCAGGGAAGCGGGUCGAUUUCGGCGGGGAAGAAAGCCGAUGGGUCGGAGUUUUUGGACGCUGGUUUGGAUCCCGAGCUCAGUUUUAGCAUCAGUUUCAAGAGAAUUGGUGCUGGACUGGAAAAUCUUGGAAAUACUUGUUUUCUCAAUUCAGUAUUACAGUGUCUCACAUACACAGAGCCUUUAGCAGCGUAUUUGCAGAGUGGGAAGCAUAAGUAUUCCUGUCGUACUGCUGGAUUUUGUGCAUUGUGUGCUAUACAGAAUCAUGUUAGCCGUGCCCUACAAUUAACUGGGAGAAUUUUAGCCCCGAAGGAUCUUGUCUCAAACUUGCGAUGUAUAUCUCGCAACUUCCGGAAUGCUAGACAGGAGGAUGCUCAUGAGUACAUGGUAAAUCUGCUGGAAUCAAUGCACAAAUGCUGCUUACCUGCAGGAGUGCCAAGUGAAUCACCAAGUGCUUAUGAGAAAAGUUUGGUCCACAAGAUCUUUGGUGGCAGUCUCCGCAGUCAGGUGAAAUGCAUGCAAUGCUCCUUCUGCUCCAACAAGUUCGAUCCAUUCUUGGAUUUAAGUCUUGAAAUUAACAAGGCUGAAUCAUUGUAUAAGGCGAUUGUGCACUUCACCACCAAAGAAUAUUUAGAUGGAGGAGAGAGGCAAUACCAAUGUCAGAAGUGCAAACAAAAAGUAAAGGCUCUCAAGCAGCUUACAAUUUACAAAGCACCCUAUGUUCUUACUAUCCAUCUAAAGCGGUUUGGUGCGCAUCAACCAGGGCAGAAGAUUGACAGGAAAGUCCAGUUUGAUCCCACGUUGGACUUAAAAUCUUUUGUCAGUGGUCCAUAUGAUGGAGAUUUAAGGUACACACUUUAUGGUGUUCUUGUGCAUGACGGUUGGAGCACACAUUCUGGUCAUUAUUACUGCUUUGUUCGCACAUCCAGCGGAAUGUGGUACUCCCUUAAUGAUCAUCAGGUUCGUCAAGUUAGUGAGAAAAUGGUUUUGGAGCAGAAGGCCUAUAUGUUGUUCUAUGUUCGGGACAGAACAAAUUUUGCUCCUAAGAAGUCUGUUGAUGUUGUUCAGAAAGAGAGCAUGGUUAUAAAUUCUGCAGGAAGUAAAGGCCAUUCAAAUUUGAACCAUGGGCCAAAGGAAAUGGUUCGAAAUGUUCCAGUCCACAUAAGAUCAAAUGAUGUGAACUCUUAUUCUGCUGUUGGAACUCAAAAAGAUGCAGUUGCUGCUCCACUAGUUCUAAUGAAGGAAGCACACUCACUUAAGAUGCAAGAAACCUCAGUUGUCAAAAAUGAUCCUCCAAAUAGGCUCUGUGUUCUGCAUCAGAAUGGGGGAGAACAAGUAACACAACGGAACCCUGUUAAAGGCUUUGAUGAUAUUCUUAGUAAUGUUGCAUUUGCAUCAACUAGUUCUAAAUUUAAAGAGCGCAAGAAGGAGAUUAGUGCAAAGGAAGAUCCAUGUGAUUUGGUUGCAGUAGCAGCUAAUUGCUGUGGCCCCCAUAAUUCAGCUACCAAGAAAGACCCCAGGAUUGGCAUUGUGGAGCCAGAAAAAUACAAGGAUAGAAAUAUGAACAGAGAUCCUAGUGAUUCAGUUGCCAUAACACCCAGUUGCAAUGGCCAUAGUAUUUCAGCUGGUGAUACUUGUCUCAAAUAUAAAACAUCUCAAAAGGAAAUUGGUGAAAAGGUAUUCAACAAAAUUGAACUUACAAGGCCUUUAGACCAGCUGAGCUACGAAAAUGGUUGGAUAAAUGAUUCUUCAAAGAAAGCUGGUCUUGGUGAUGGUGGCCAGAGAGUGGAGGUUACUAAACUGGAAGGAUUGUCAAGAGUGGGAACCACACAUGUUUUAUUACUCCAUGAGGCUCUUGAUCCUAAGUCCCAGCCAAAACUGAAGAAAAAGCUUUUGAAAUAUCAUAUUGCUGGUGCUCACCUAAGCUCAAGCAUCCUUUUCAGGGCAUCCCUACGACUGCAGAAGAAGAAACUCAAAAAGGUUAAAAAACUUAGUCUCAAGAUCAAGAAUAAUAUGAAAGAACACUUGCUGGAGGGGAGUUGUAGUCCAACAGAUCUAGGGCCUUCUACAUCUGAGGGAGCCAGGACAUUUUCUGGCAAUUCAAUUCACUUCCAAAGAAAAGAGUUGAAAUCUGUUUCAAUUAAGAAAGACAAGAGUGCUAGUGCAAAAAAUGCAGUAGUAAAGUCUGGUUAUGAUUCAGCAGAGGGAGUCCUUAAUGGUGAAUUUGGACACAGUAGACUUGGACAGAAUGGUGCUGUGCUUGCAACUAACAAACAACAUAAGAGUACAUCUUUUGCUGGAAGCCAGUUGCACGAUCAAGGCUUCGAAGGUUUAAAAGACAGUAGAGGAGCCUCUGUGCGAAAUGGGUUAAUGAAUAUGCUUACCAGGGGUUUAGAGGAGACAAUUGUUGCACAUUGGGAUGAGAUAGAACUACCUUCAUCUCAUAUCGCAGAAUCAAGGGACACAGAGACUAUUAGCAUUGGUUACAUAGGAGAUGAAUGGGAUGAAGAAUAUGACAGGGGUAAGAGGAAGAAGGUUAGGAGCUCCCAGAAUGGCUUUGGUGGAGCAAAUCCAUUCCAGGAAGUUGCAAGCAGGAAGGCCAAGUUGAACCACCACUACAUCUCUGGAAACCAACCUUUCAGGAUAUGAUGGGUUACAUCUCCCCUCCAAUGCAUGAGGAACCCUCCUUUUUUUGACAUACUCUUCUACUUCUGUCCGGCGGUUACUGCAGUGCUGAUCUCUGAGUACUCUGUGACGGCCAACGAGUUACAUGGCUUCCAAAGUGUGUUCUUUUUUGUGUUCUUGUUUUAGCAAUCUUUGAAGGGGGGCCAGGCCCGUAGGCGGGGUGCCGUUUCUGAGAAACCCCGGUCCGACGAAAUUGUACAAGCUGGGAGCGGUCUUCUUCAUUUAUUUACGGGAUGUAUAACCACCCCUUGUAUGUUUGUCUGAGGACUGCUAGACAAACACGUGAAAGUUCUCCAACUGAUCCCUUUUGGCCAGUUCUCUACAUCAAAGAAAGAAAGAAAGAAAGAAAGAAAGAAAGAAAUCCCCGGCAAGAUGUUGGAUGAAUACAAAAUUUUCCUGGGAUUAUGUUGGGAGCUUAGUUAUAUAUAUUAUUAUUUUUGUUAACUAAUUAAUGAUAGAACUGUAUUGAAUUUUGUGUUUUCUGAGUUGCUUGCAUAUGGCUUAUAUCACAAGGAUGCAUGAGACCCAAA